GUUGUUCAGUCUCCUUCAUCUAACACUUAACUAAACUUACACACACAAAAUAAGAAAGGAUGGAAGGAGGAAUACAUGGAGGAGCAGAUAAAUCAGCUUUCAGAGAGUGUUUUUCUCUAACAUGGAAGAACCCUUAUGUUCUUCGUCUUGCUUUCUCCGCUGGAAUCGGUGGUCUUCUCUUUGGCUACGAUACCGGAGUUAUAUCAGGAGCUCUGCUUUAUAUCAAAGAAGAUUUCAAGACUGUUGACCGAGAAACUUGGUUACAGGAGAUGAUAGUGAGCAUGGCGGUUGCAGGAGCCAUCGUUGGAGCCGCCAUCGGAGGUUGGGCCAACGACAGAUUCGGGAGGAGAAGCGCCAUUCUCAUGGCGGAUUUCCUCUUCCUAAUAGGAGCUACCAUUAUGGCUGCUGCUCCUAACCCGUCCCUCAUUGUCGUUGGCCGUGUUUUUGUGGGACUUGGGGUCGGUAUGGCCUCGAUGACCGCCCCUCUCUACAUCUCAGAAGCUUCUCCGGCUAAGAUCAGAGGAGCUUUGGUCAGUACCAAUGGGUUUCUUAUCACCGGAGGACAAUUCUUGUCUUAUCUCAUUAACUUAGCCUUCACCGAUGUGAAGGGAACAUGGAGGUGGAUGCUAGGAAUCGCGGGAGUCCCAGCUCUUUUGCAGUUCAUCUUAAUGUUUACACUCCCUGAAUCGCCUCGUUGGUUAUACCGCAAGGGAAGAGAAGAAGAGGCUAGAGCAAUCAUGAGAAGAAUAUACUCAGCAGAAGAUGUAGAACAAGAGAUUGGAGCACUAAAGGACUCAGUUGAAUCAGAGAUACUAGAAGAAGGAUCUUCAGAGAAAAUAAACAUGAUCAAACUAUGCAAAACCAAAACCGUUAGACGAGGACUAAUAGCUGGUGUUGGUCUCCAAGUGUUUCAACAGUUCGUUGGUAUCAACACUGUUAUGUAUUAUAGUCCAACCAUUUUCCAACUCGCCGGUUUCGCUUCAAACAGAACAGCUAUUCUCUUGUCUCUAGUAACCGCAGGACUUAACGCAUUUGGUUCCAUCAUUAGCAUUUACCUCAUCGACAGAGCCGGAAGGAAAAAGCUUUUGAUCAUUAGUCUUUUAGGAGUCAUUGUCUCUCUUGGAUUGCUAACUGGUGUUUUCUACGAAGUGACUACUCAUGCUCCUGCGGUUAGCUCCCUGGAGACACACAGGUUCAAUAACUUUACUUGUCCAGAUUACAACUCAUCUGUGAAAGCACAAAGUUGGGAUUGUAUGACUUGUUUGAAAGCUUCUUCACCUUCCUGUGGGUUUUGUUCAUCUCCCAGUGGAAAGGUACAUCCUGGGGCUUGUUGGGUCUCUAAUGAUUCGGUUAAGGACUUGUGUCAUAAUGAAAACCGGCUUUGGUACACAAAAGGAUGUCCUAGUAAUUUUGGUUGGUUUGCUCUUCUUGGAUUGGGACUUUAUAUCAUUUUCUUCUCUCCUGGAAUGGGGACUGUUCCAUGGAUAGUUAACUCAGAGAUUUAUCCAUUGAGAUUCAGAGGAAUCUGUGGAGGAAUAGCUGCAACUGCAAAUUGGAUAUCAAAUUUAAUUGUGGCUCAAUCUUUCUUGUCUCUGACUGAAGCUAUUGGGACUUCUUGGACAUUUCUCAUGUUUGGAGUGAUCUCAGUCAUUGCUCUUCUCUUUGUUGUGGUGUGUGUUCCGGAGACAAAAGGAAUGCCAAUGGAGGAGAUUGAGAAGAUGCUUGAAGGAAGAUCUCUUCAUCUCAAGUUCUGGAAGAAAAGAUCACAUCUUGUUGAGAAAGGAAACCAAACUGCAUGAGAGAACCUCUUUACAGAUUUCAUUAGUAAUAUAAAUAAGAAAUCACAUUAGACUUGUAACUUUGUAUUGAAACUGAUAGUGACAGUUUCGUUAUCCUCUC